AUGUGUCGAAUCGAGGAACGCAUUUAUAUUCGUGCCGAUGGGCAUCGAUCCAAGUUCGAGGAGGCCUUUCCCUGUGACAAGUCUCGGGGUGGGAAGCUAUGCUCAAAAGUCAAGAGACGUAAGACCGAAUACUACCCCAAGAAAGCAACUGUUACCCGCGACGAUACACCUUCUCCAAUCAACCCACCGACUCCAACUGGCACGGGGACCUACCUUACCCAGCAGCGGCGGCCAUCUGGAACUGGCUCACGGCCCUCCACUCGGGACGGACAAAAGGCGAUCAAGCCAGAGAUUAUCAUCGAGUUUGGCGCUAAGAAGGGCAAAGGCACAAAGUACUCCUCUGUUUCAGUUUCUACCGGAACGUACAAGCGUUCAUCUAUGGGCGCCAGCUCCGUUGGGUCGGGUGAGAUUGCAGUUGAUUCCCCCGGCUCGGACGCUUCGCACACAAUCAGAACGGGUUUCCCUGAAGCUCCCUUGCCUCCACCAGCUGCAUUUGGUCACUCGGAUGGUUAUUACGCCACGCCCACUGCCCCUCAUACUCAACAUCACCGCCAAACAUCCUCAACCUCGUCAUUCACUGGCUCUAGUCGAACGCCUUCACUAUAUAUCACCUCAGAUCCUGACCAUGACUCUCCUACCGGCCAUCGGCCGGCAAGGUAUCCUCCCACGAUAAUACACCAUUCGUCUACUGCUGCCGCCCCACCUUCACCAUCGCGCACUCAGCCGGGAAUAUCUACCUCUUACCGUACUUCCAUCAUCACUCCCCAGGACUUCUCUCAAGAGAGGCGCACCACUGAAGGCCAUCUCACUCACGACUACGCGGACUUUGCCGAUCGCUCUGCUUCUUCCCACGCUAGCUCGGGUGCACCUGAAAUCACGCGUCGGGGCAAAGACCGCGACGAGCGACGCAAGAAGAACGAAGAAGAUCGCAGGCGACAGGAAGAGCUGAGCCGCCAGGUUGCUGAAGAGAUGGCAAAAGCCGAGAAUGUCAAACAAGUCCGGUUUGAACUUGGUCGCGCAGAGGCGCGAGCGCAAGAGCGGGCGGAACGAUCAUAUGCCGAAAAGGAGAAAGAAAGAGCUGAGGAUCGUGAGGAAGCUCGGCGACUCCGCCGACGCAGUCAGAAGGAGCGCGAAAAACGGGAACGUGAAGAACAAGCAGCGAAAGACCGCAAAAAGGAACACUCGAAGCCCCCCACGAAUGACUUCACCAAAAGACCGGCUGCGGCACGUCGAGGCUCGAUGACCCCAGCUCAGUUUGAAGAACAGAAACGCCUUCUUGCCGCUGACGGACUGCACAUGCAAAGUGAAAGGGAGGUAUCAGAGGCCCGUGAGCGAGAAGAGAGACUUGCAGCUUCCAGACAACACCAGGAGAUGCCUGGAUACUGGGACCCGCGUGGUGGGGACCGGUCACUUUCGAACACCAACUCUGCUCUCGGUCGUCGCAACUCGAUCACUGGUCGGAAUGCUGUCUCAUCUACUGCAGCUCCGUCGGGACUAGGCAGGUCGAAUAGUAACCGUCGUGCCAGUGUCAUCCAGCCCAAUCCACCUGUGGCGAACCCUCAAGUGGCACAGAACUACAAUGCUCGUCCGUCUAGCGCACGCCAGAGUGGCCCGCCACUCUCUUUCCCCGCGAACUUCAAUCAAGAGUACAAUCGUCCCCCGUCUGCCCGUCGACCCUCGUACACACUAGAAAAUCCCUUCGCGGCACCACCAACCCGCGGCUCCGGUUCAACCCUUGACAAUCCCUUCGCGCCGACUCCUUCCGUGCUCUCACCAACAUCCGCCGUCCAUGAUCCGUGGGAUGCGCGCGCGAUGCAGGACGCGCUGCCUAGCAUCCGUCCACUUGGCGAUGCUCGAUACAACAAACAUCAUCAGCACGGUGAGGCGGUCGUCAACCGCUCUCCUACACACAGCCGCGUACAGCAGGCUACUCGCGCCAUGGGCCGAGCGUCCGGCUACGAAGGACUGUACGAAGACGAUUCGGACGAAGAGCAAGUUCCGACAUACCCACCACGCUCGACUUUGAGCGGGAAAGGGAGGCCGAAGUACUAGGGUUUUCUCUUUUACAAAGUUUUUUUUGGGUUGUUUCCUUACCGUCCCUAUAUAGACUUUGUGGUUUCAGUACAGCACAUACCCCUUUGAUAUUCACCGUUCCCUUGCGAUCACUUGAUACCCUUUUUACAUGUUUAUAUAUGCUGUUGCGCCUUCGUUGGUCACUCGCUUUUGAUAGAUAUACCUUGCUUCGAUGCUUAUGGAUAGGUAGCUAAAAGAAC